AUGCGCGUGUCUGUGUGGCGGGCGGAGACGGACCCUCUCAAGCCCUCGGAGAUCACCAAAAACCUGCUGCCUGCUACACUGCAGCUCAUAGACGUGUACACAGCCUUCACCAGGUCCUACCUUCUGAUGAGUCUACCAGAGGAAGGAGAGAACAAGCUAUCAGAGGCUAAACUUCAGGGUUACGCUGCAGUCCUGUCUAUAGGCUCCAUGCGCUGCAAAGCCAACCUGCUCGGUCAGAAUGUGAUGCAGAACCUUCCGUCGGCCGUCCAGACGCUGUGUGAGACGUGGAACAACAUCAACACCAACGAGUUCCCUAACAUCGGCUCAUGGCGUAAUGCGUUCGCCAACGACACCAUCCCGUCCGAGAGCUACAUCAGUGCCAUCCAGACGGCUCAUCUGGGCACGCUCAGUAACCAGUCCCUGGCUCUGGCCUCGUCUCUCAAACACAUCCUCCUCUCUCUGGUCCGCCUCACCGGAGACCUCAUUGUGUAAGUUAUUCUCUAAUUCCAGCAGCAGCCACAUCCACACGGUCGAUAUUACAUCAACACUUUCCACUAUUGCAAUGCUAAUCUACCUUUCGGGAUAAAAUAUGCGAUUCUCCCAUUGACUGGGGUCUGUGUUUUCAUC